GGGUAAAGUGCAUUUUUUAAAUUUUGAAAGUAGCUGAGGGGUGUGAAAGGAUCUUUAUUUCAGGACUUUUUUUAUUUGCUUUAUACAGACAAAGUGGAAUCUAUAUUUUUUCCACACCCAGCUUGUUUGUGACCUCACACCCCAGGCAAGGAGAGGAGGGGAGGGAGCUGGUGUGAUGUGAGAGGUUGACAUUCAAACAAGUCUCAGAUUCCCAGCUCAGCAAUCCAGAGGAACAACCCUGUAUCUGCUCCAUCUCCUGGAACUCACUGGACCUUUCAGAACUUGGGUCAGAGAUCAGUUUAAUUUUCAUCUAUAAGGGACCUUUACACUGCAAAGAUGCUGGUCGUCCUAGCGUUCAUAAUCGUGUUUCACAUAACCUCCAUAGUGUUGCUGUUCAUCUCAACUAUACACAAUACCUGGUGGGUAGGCGAUAACUUUUAUGUUGACAUCUGGAAAGUUUGCGAAAAUGUGACCCUGACUGAAAAAUGUGUGGAUAUUGGCAGCAGUAAUAAAUCAUUUCAAGCCAUUCAGACUAUCCAAGCAACGAUGAUCUUGGCUACAAUCCUCUGCUGUAUCGGACUUUUUAGCUUCGUCCUUCAGCUUUUCCGCCUCAAGAAAGGAGAGAGAUUUGUGCUCACUGCCAUUAUCCAGAUGUUAUCAUGCCUCUCUGUUGUGAUUGCGGCUUCAGUCUACACAGCUUUACAUGAAGAAUUUCACAAGGAUCUUGCUCUUCCCAAUGGCCGAUACGGAUACUCAUUCAUCCUUGCUUGGAUAGCUUUCGCAUUUACGCUUAGCAACAGCAUCAUGUACUUAAUACUGAGAAAACGCAAAUAAACCAAUAGUAGCAGAUAGUUAUUUUGUAUCACUACAAAAACCAAAAUCCAGAUAAUCAAUGUGUAUAUAAUCAUUUUAAUAUGGUUUUGUAGUACUGUUUCUUAAAAUAAAAAAACUGUAUUGUUCUUAGUAUCCACACUAAAGACUUUGAUACAUUGUCCUGGAGCAUUUAACUCGGAAAGGGUUAAUGUAAAGGAAAAUUAUUGUACUACAAGUAUGAUGUUUUACAACUUGAACUUUUUAUUUGUAUUUUAUAUAAAUAUAUUUUUUUGUUUUUAGAAUUAGCAUUAACAAAAAUGAAUUUAACAGAUCUGUAUGCGAGUUAUUUUUUCAGACUGAUAAAGUUGCAUUUUAUAUACUAGAAUGAAAUGCGGGACCAAAAUGAUUAUUCUUUUUUUUUUGUUUUUCAAUCUGAAUUUAACUGUAAUUAUAAAUUCUCUUUGAUAUAUUUAAGUAAAUAUUUUUCUGCCAGUCGUUUAAAUUUAAAGGGAUAUUCUGAUACCAAUAGUAUUUGCUCCAAUGCAUCGGAGCAUGUAAUGUUUGCAUUACUGACCCUAGCUUACACAUGAGUUAAACACAUAGGUCAAGUUGCCCUCAGCAGCUGCAAGCCUUGUAACUCCUCUGUAGGAAUCUGCUAUAGAGUCAAUCAGGAGCGACAUUCACAUGGCCUUCCAAUCAUCUUUGAUUUCCUGCUUGGGGCAGGAGUUUUCCUACAAAUGCUUUAACGUCAUUUUUUUGCUUCAGAAUGUCCCUUUAAACUCGCUUGUUAUACAUUAAAGGGGCAUUCAUAUUCUAUCUAAAAGGAAGCUACAAUACUACGAUUUUUUACUAUUUUCAUUGUUUUAUAGAAUUAUAAGGCUUCAGUGUUAACCCCUUAGAAAUAAACAAGCUGGAAGGUACAGGCUCUUCUGCCGCUAGCAGGGGGUGUCAAUCAAAGAUCUUAUUUGAUCGUGUUGAUUUCACGCAAUCUCUGUCCGCCUCUUCAGAGCAGACAGACAGGUUAUGGAGCAGCGUUCUUUAGACUGCCCAUACGGAGCUUGAUCAAUGGGCCCCUAUAUUACUGACACAGUAGCCAGCAGUUUUUACUAGUGGGAACUAAUGUUUUGUUUUUUCUUCAGAUAAUAUGCUCUUUAAAGUGACAUAACAUUUUUACUAUAUAUACUUAAUUUUAUGAGAAUUUCAAAUUUGAGUUCAAUGUCUCUUUAAUUUUUUUAUAUUAUGACUCUUUAAUCAAAAGGGAAAUCUUUGGUAUUGGGAAUCGGUUAUAUAAGAAAGCCAAAAAUAGAGGAAUUUCAGUAAUAUCCUAAAAACGUAAGAGUCAGAUGCCAACGUUACAUAUACUGGCGACACAUUUCCUUUGUCACAUUGUUUUUAUACCCACUGCUAGUCAGGACUGGAUCAUGUCACGGGUGCAUGCCCAUACCUGUAUUCAGUUAUGUGUAAUAAGAGUGACAGAAGAGUCCGGAAUGAAUUUAAAUUAAAUCUGCAGUUUGCUUAUAAUUUGUGCCAUUGUUAGAAAAGUCAUAAGUAAGCUUUGUAUAAAAGAAAUGACUCCUUUUAACACAAA